AAAAUUAGUAAAUCUGAACUAACCGGUCGCCACCCGGUCGCCCCACAAUCCACCAACUCGAAUAUCCGGCACCGCGCCCUCCGAUCUGGUCCCCUUUACCAUUUUAUUUAUCAUCAAAAUACCACCAAAAAGCCUUCCUUAAUUAAUUUGUACUGUCCGACGUUGUUUAGGCGUACGCGCGGCAUUGUUUCAGCUCCGGCCACGGUUAUUUGAGGGCCUCUUCGACGUCGCCGGAGAUCAUGGCGUUCAUUCCCGGCCACCCGUUUCUUCUCAAGAAUGUUUUGGUGCAGAAUGUCCUGUUUGCUUGCCUGAUUCUGUUCCCUGCACUUGCAAUACAAAGUGGAGGGACAAGUCGCCAUUGCGUGGAAGAUUCAACCAUGGGGAAUUGCUUAAACGCAUCUUCUCCCUCAUCUGUUGUUGAUUCAUCUGUGAAGAUGAGCAUCGCGUCGAUGCUAAUCGAUAACGCCUUCAAGCUUCCUUCUUCUUUGCCCCAUUGGCCUCCGGGUGGGGGUUUUGCGAAGGGGAUUAUUGAUCUUGGAGGGCUGCAGGUGGCUCAGGUAUCGUCUUUUACUAAGGUUUGGAGUACAGGAGAAGGCGGUCCUGGAGAUAGCGGGGCAUCAUUCUUCGAACCAUCACUAAUACCAGAAGGAUUUUUCAUGCUUGGAUCCUAUGCACAACCAAACAAUAUGCCACUUUAUGGAUGGGUUCUUGUUGGGAAAGAUGUUACUGGGAAUGCCACGGGAGGUUCUUUAAAGAAACCGACUGACUAUGAUCUCGUUUGGAGUCUCGAGAGCAAUGCAGAGACGGAUCAGGAUAGUCCUGUCUACAUUUGGCUGCCAAAGCCUACAGAUGGGUAUGAAGCAGUGGGCUAUGUGGUCACCGCCACGCCUCAGAAGCCUUCGGUGGAUAGAAUCCGGUGUGUUCGGUCCGAUUUCACCAAUGUAUCCGAAAGCCAUGACUGGAUUUGGGGGGCUGAUGACUUUAAUGUGUAUGGUUCGAGGCCUCAAGAUAGGGGAAUCCAGGCUUCCGGGGUGGCUAUUGGAUCGUUCGUUGCUCAAACCAACCCGAAUUCUUCGGUGGUGCUGCCUUGCUUAAAGAAUAAUGCAAACAAAAACUUCUCGGCCAUGCCAAGCUCGACCCAAAUCGGGGCGCUUAUGAAAGCGUAUGGUCCCGUGUUUUACUUCCACCCGAACGAGGUCUUCUUGCCCUCUUCUGUCACUUGGUUUUUCCAAAACGGGGCGUUACUGUACACGAAAGGAAACCAAACUGGACCAGUUGCGGUCGAGCCACGGGGCUCAAACCUCCCGCAAGGAGGCUCGAACGACGGGGCCUACUGGCUAGACCUCCCAGCCAGUGAUGCAGAUAAACUUAGGGUAAAAAAAGGCAACUUAGAAAAUGCAUCAGCCUAUGUUCAUGUUAAGCCAAUGUUUGGUGGGACAUUUACAGAUAUGGCAGUAUGGCUAUUCUACCCCUUCAACGGGGCCGCCAAGGCUAAAAUCGAGUUCGUGACGCUCUCCCUGGGCAAAAUCGGGGAACAUGUAUGCGAUUGGGAGCACGUGACACUGAGGAUCAGCAACUUCGACGGGGAGCUAAAAAGCGUGUAUUUCUCAGAACACAGCAAGGGGGAGUGGGUGAGCGCUUCCCAGCUCGAGUACCAAAAUGGCACUAACAAACCCGUCGUUUAUUCCUCGUUACAUGGCCACGCUGCAUACCCGAGCACGGGGCAGAGCUUGCAGGGGAUUGGGGAGAUAGGCAUAAAGAACGACACUGCGAAAGGCGGGAUGAGUAUGGACACGGGGCUAAAAUUCUCUGUUGUUUCUGCAGAGUAUUUGGGGAAAGAGAUUGUUGAGCCACCAUGGUUGAACUAUGCAAGAGAAUGGGGGCCAAAGAUAAGCUAUGACAUUGGGAAAGAGCUGAAAAAGAUUGCCAGGUUUAUGCCUGGAAAGAUGAAGUCUGGACUGGAGAAAGUUGUGAAGGAUCUUCCCAGUGAGAUUUUGGGUGAGGAAGGACCAACUGGGCCUAAGUGGAAAGACAAUUGGAGUGGGGAUGAAAGGUCUUGAAGGUCACCUAUUCAUAAUGUAUCAUAGUUCAUUACGAUUUACGAGGUCGAAGUAGUGCCUGUCUGAUACGAGAUUGUAUCUCCCUUUCUUUCGAAGUAGUGUCUGUUUGAUACGAGAUAGUAUUUUCUUUGAAGUAGUGCUUGUCUGUUGUGAAAUCAUAUCACCAUUUCUUUUCAUCAGAAUCGUAUGAAGGAAUGAAAUGGAGAAAUUUGUUUAUCCCCCCCAAAAAAUGUAGAUUUGGGGGAGUGAUGAUUGUGUGUGAAUUAGAUGAUAGGUAGUGUGUACACAACCCCUUUAUUUAGUAACUAUACACUUUGGAUUAUGAACUGAUUAUUAUGGCAUUUGAUCUCAAAUUCUAA